AUGGGGUCGCUGAGUGCUUCUAUGAAGCCCGUGGUGCAGCGAGUCAAGGCCCUGCGACUGUCCCGCGACGACUUCGAGGUGAUCAAGGUGAUCGGGCGGGGGGCCUUCGGCGAGGUCUGCGUCGUCAAGCUCAAGGGCACGGAGAAGGUGUUCGCCAUGAAGAUCCUCAACAAGUGGGAGAUGCUGAAGAGGGCGGAAACUGCCUGCUUCCAUGAAGAGCGUGAUGUGCUUGUGUAUGGAGACCGGCGGUGGAUAACGAAUCUUCACUACGCCUUUCAAGAUGAUAGUAACCUGUACCUGGUAAUGGAUUACUACUGUGGCGGCGACCUGCUCACAUUGUUAAGUAAAUUUGAAGAUCGACUGCCCGAGGACAUGGCUCGUUUCUACAUUGCAGAAAUGAUCCUUGCGAUUGAUUCUAUACAUAAGUUACGAUACGUCCAUCGAGACAUCAAACCGGACAACGUGUUGCUGGAUGCCAAUGGCCACAUACGGUUAGCGGAUUUUGGCUCGUGUUUACGACUUCAGGAAGAUGGGACGGUGCAGAGUAAUGUAGCAGUAGGGACACCGGAUUAUAUAUCCCCAGAAAUCCUCAGGCUCUCUUUUUCAGUUAGUGAAGAUCCUGUAAGUAAGAGAAUAUGUGUUGACCUUCACCUAAUAUGCCUGUGCAUUCUCUACCCCCAACAGAAUUGCUUCGACUUCCCAACAGACCUGGGUUAUGAUGUCUCUGAUGAGGCCAAAGACCUAAUGAGACAACUUAUUUGUGCUUCAGAGUACAGAUUAGGCAAAAAUGGCAUUAACGACUUUAAGAAUCAUCCCUGGUUCGCAGGAGUGGACUGGGAUACCCUAAGGGACAGUAUGGCUCCCUACAUCCCUGAAGUCUCCAGUCCUACUGACACGAGCAAUUUUGAUGUUGAUGACUCGGAAGCAAGAAGCCAAGACGCUUGCCCACCCCCAGCGAAUCCGGCUUUUAGUGCUCUUCAUUUACCUUUCGUUGGUUUUUCAUUUACUCAGGGAAGCCAAAUCAGUGACAAGGGUUGUUUACUGACCCUCUCUGUUACCACAUCUGUAACUGUUGGCUCUGCAUCUGAUCUGAUAUCGUAUGAAAGGCGUCUAAAAUCUGUUGAGGCAGAAAGUAGAGAGUUAAUGAAGGAUACUUCAGACAGAACAGAUGGAAGUAUGGGUUCGUCUUCAAAUGAAGAGGUUAAAAGAUUGGUGGAUCAAGUGCAGGCACUCACCAAGCAGAAUAAAGAGUUAUCAAGUGAACUGUCAAGUAUCAAAAGAUUAACAGAUAAAGAUAGUGAAACAGAUGGAAAGAUCAAAGAAUUGGAGCGUCAAAUGAAGUCUGUUUCCCAGGAGAAGGAAAACCUUGGAAGAGAAAUGGCUGAUAUACAAGAAAAAUUAACCUUACAGAAUAAAGAAUUACAAGAUGCCCUAGCACAAAGAAAGCUAGCCAUGUCAGAAUACAGCGAAGUAUCGGACAAGUUGACAGAGCUUCGAAAUCAGAAGCAGAAAUUGUCCCGUCAAGUUCGUGAUAAGGAAGAAGAACUAGAGACUGCAAUGCAGAAAAUUGAUACCCUAAGACAAGACUUACGAAGAGCAGAAAAAUUAAGACGCGAACUUGAGGGGAGAUCAGAGGAAGCAGAAGCUGAGGCGAGUAAAGAGCGAAAACUGCGCGAGAGAUCAGAGGAAUACACACGCAGCAUAGAGGGCGAAUUGCAGAAGAUGCAGCAGAGACCCCAAGGCAGGAGUCCUUCCCUCAACUCUUUGGAAGCUUCGCAGGAAGUAACAAGAUUGAAAGCAGACCUGGAGCGUGUGUGUGUGGACCAAGAGGAGAGAGCGCAACAGCAGGCUCUGAGGCACACACAUGAUAUGGCUGCUCUAAGGGACCAACUGGCAGAGGCUGAGUCUGCCAAGAGUUCUCUGCAGAAUGAGGUACAGCUACGCAGUGAGCUUGAGAAACGAACAGAGGAACAAGAGGAUGCCAUUGUGGAAGUAAAGAGAAGGCAUGACAGAGAAAAGGCAGUCAUGUUAGAUGACAACAAGAAACUCCUGGAAGAUGUGGAACGGCUCACUGACAGCAUAAGCAGAAUGCAGAAUGAACGCCGUGCUCUGGAAGACGAGUAUGAAGAUCUGCGUAACAAGAAAGAAUCAAUAGCGCAAUGGGAGGCUCAGAUUACAGAAAUCAUUCAGUGGGUAAGUGAUGAGAAAGAUGCCCGUGGCUAUCUUCAAGCACUUGCAACACGAAUGACAGAAGAGCUAGAGUCUCUCAAGGUGUCUGGAGUUGUGGGUGGUUCCUCAUCAAUGCUUGCACCUCCUGAGAAGAACUGGCGAAAUCGUCGAUCUCAGAAGUUGGACAAGAUGGAGCUACUGAACUUGCAGUCAUCACUGAACUCAGAGAUCCAGGCUAAACAAGUAAUAUCUGAAGAGUUGAGCAAAGUGCGUGCAGAACUGGUCAAUUCACAAAAAGAUGUACGGGAAUUCAAGCAGCGGUAUGAGAACAUGUCCCGUGAGAACAUGCGUAAGGAGAAGCAGCUGAGAGACCUGCAAUCACGACUUGAAUCUGGUGAGGGAUUGUUGGAACGUCCAGCUUCACAGAUGUCCUUCCUGGAGCAGUUUUUGAAGGAGACCUCAUUAAGACGACAGGGAUCAUUAGAGUCAGAGGAGGGGGAUGUGGAAGACAACAGAGCACCUUCCGUUCCCUCCAUAGCCUCGUCUCAUUCCUUUGUUAGUCAGGAACAGCUGGGCUCUCCCAACAUGGAGUCUCGUCCUCUUCCACCAUUACCUCACACUGCCGCCAAUGUUCCUGCUGGCGUAAUGCCAACCAUGGCCCACCACCAUACCUCUGGGGCAUUCUCUGGAGGUAGCAGCAGCAGUGGCGGAGGCCCGUCCCCUCAUAUGAUGAAGCAGAAGGCCCAUCAGUUCCUGGUGCGGUCAUUUAGCAACCCUAUCAAGUGCUCUCACUGCACCUCCCUUAUGGUGGGGCUUACUCGCCAGGGGGUUGUGUGUGAAGUAUGUGGCUUUGCCUGCCACACCACCUGUAAGGACAAGGUUCCUCAAAUCUGCCCUGUUCCACCUGACCAGACGAAAAGACCAUUGGGCAUAGAUCCUACACGCGGCAUUGGAACUGCAUAUGAAGGAUUUGUAAAGGUGCCUAAACCUGGGGGUGUCAAAAAGGGCUGGUCCAGACAGUUUGUUGUGGUGUGCGACUUCAAGCUUUUUCUCUAUGAUAUUUCACCAGAUAGGAAUGCUUUACCAAGUGUUUGGGUAAGCACAGUCCUAGAUAUGAGAGAUGACCAGUUUGAAGUAUCAACAGUAAGGGAUUCAGAUGUGAUCCAUGCCAACAAAAAAGAUAUUCCAUGUAUAUUUAGGGUAACAACAUCAUCCAUGGUGGGAGUAAGACACCACACACUCAUGCUAGCAGACACUGAAAAUGAGAAGACCAAGUGGGUUGUAGCCUUAAAUGAGCUGCAUCGCAUUCUCAAGAGAAACAGACUACCUAAUAGACAAGUUUUUAGUGCCCAUGAAGUUGUUGAUGGCAGUGUGACACUCAUCAAGAAUGCAGUGUGUGGAACUGUCAUAGAUCCAGACCGUCUUCUUGUGGGUGCUGAGGAAGGCCUCUUCUGUAUAGACCUUGAUAACUGUGAAAUUGCACGUAUAGGAGAUGGUAAGAAGAUAGUGAGCUUGGAAUACAUCGCAGAGGAGCAGCUCAUCAUGGUUAUUGCUGGAAGGCAAAGACAAGUGAAGCUGGUCCCUGUCAGAGCUCUUGGGGGAGAUGACGUUGAGUGGAUUAAGGUGUCGGAAACAAAAGGUGCCAUUGCUUUUACGACGGGGAAGUUUCGCACUCCAAGCAGCCUUAACUUUACUUAUUGCCUGUGUGUGGCUGUCAAAAGACAAAUCAUCAUUUAUGAAAUUAACCGAGCAAAAGGGCGACACAAGGUGUUCCGCUCCAUCCUCCUGCCGCAGCCACCCCAGAGUCUUGAUAUUCUGGGGGAUGGGCGGCUUGCCGUGGGCUUCCAAUCAGCAUUCACCAUAUAUUCUAUUCUUGGUGAUCAACAGCCUUUGUCCUUGGUACAUCCGGAGAGUCAGUCUCUGGGUUUCCUCUCAAUGACGCAGUGUGAGGCUCUCAGCUGCAUAGAAGUCACAAGAGGAGAAUACCUCCUUGUUUUUAACCUUUUAGCUGUAUAUGUGGAUGCUUCAGGUCGCAAGAGUCGGGAAAAGGAGAUAAUGUACCCUGCUAUACCCACUGCUGUUGCUGUGUGUGAUGGCCUUCUCCUAGUCUAUAGUGACAUCCACAUUGAUGUGUUUGAGGUGAUUUCGGGCGACUGGGUCCAGACAAUCAACCUUAAGCGCACCAAGCCCCUCAUGCGCACCGGCAUCCUCAACAUGGUCAUGAUUAGUGAUCUCCCACAUGUUGCCUACCUCAGAAACUUGCACAAAGAGGAAAUUGUCAGGACGGGUCUAGAUGCCAAUGGACGGCCAAAAUCUAGAAGAAAAUUCUCCAUGCGAGAAAAUAGUAAAGCCACACGCACAACUGACCGUCGUAGUAAGUUGAUUUCUGGCCCAACCAAUUUCAACCACAUAAGCCAUAUGGGCCCUGGAGAUAGCAUAGAGAUUCAGCGACUGGUUGACCUGCCCUCACGACUGAAUGCUGCUGCUGAUCAGAGAACACCCCAUUCACAACAGUCCAUCCAUAGGGUACGCAGCAUGCUACAGACUAGUGGAAAAUUAGCCCCACCAAGAUUACCACAGGGACCAGAACCACCGAGACGCUCCUUCAGCCAUCAACCACUCCCACAGCCACAUUAUUCUAAUGUUCACAAUGGUAGUGGCCCUCCUCCAAUGCCAGGUUCUGGCCGCCGCCCAGGGAUGCCCCCACUACCCCCCUCUGCAGCCCCACAACACUUGCCACCUCAGCGUUCACCUGAGGAGCCCCGGCACCAGAUAAUUCAUCAACUACAGGAGCAGGAGUGUGGUGACACCUCCCCACGCCACUCCAUUGCAUCCAACACCAGCAGUAACCUCUCCUCUCCCCCUUCACCUGGCCGUCCCCCAGAUCACCACUCAUCAUCCUAUGACUCAUAGGGAUUCGUUUGGCCUGGAGAGCGGCUAUGAGCAGGGCACUCACAGGCUAGCAGUUAUGGGCUGCUGCGACUGUUUCUUCAUUGCAAUUGCUUUUCAAAACAUUAUGGAAUUAACUGCUCAAAUGAUGUCUAAAAAUUUGUUCUCAUUAUGGAUAUGUACAAUUUUAAAAACUUUUUUCUUUCUCUCUGACUUCCUAUUUUUUAGCUAAAUAAUUGAAUAUUUAAUGAAAAACAGUGCUGCAACAACAUUGUCACACUAUGUAACCAUAACACUAUGAUUUACACUUUUUUCACAAAUCAAAAUGAAGGGGAACCUUUCUUCUGAAGCUGUGAGUCUUGGUCCGUGUCAACUAUUAGGGCACCAACUAAUUCUAUGAUACUUAGUGGCAAUACUUAAUCAAACUGAAAUGUGUUAAUGAUAAAAAGAAGGUAUCUCUUAUAGGUUAUAAUUCCUCUUAGAUUACUUGUAUGGUAGUUCAUAAAUUGUAAAACUGCCUGUCUCAGUAAUUCAUUCAUAACUCAGAUCGAUGUAGGAAGACUUACCUUUUACAGGUGAAUAAGAGGCCCUUAAAUUUUUAGGUCCUGUUAAACAGCUGCUUAAGGAGUAGAUAAGUGGUUGCUGCUGCUAUCAUGCAAGUAAUGGUUAAUAACAUUGGCAUAUUCCUGAAGAGUUACAGCUUCGAAAAUAGGCAGCUGGUGAAGCAUUUCAGGCUACCUGUUGGUGCUUAGAUUGUCCUGUAAUAUAUAUUGGAAUAAUGAAUUUGAAUUUUGAAUAAUACAUCUGUUAUAUAUGAGAUCCUUUUUGUUAAUGGUAUAUUGAAAUUGGGUCAUAUCUAUUGUUCCAAACAUAUUAUAAAUGGUUGUUUUUUUUUCUUCAAAAGCCUCUGCUAGUCAUUCUUUAACUAUUAAGUGUUUGAAUUCCAAGCCCAAAGAAACAGAAUUUAAAAAGGAAAAAGCUAAAUAUUUAGUGAGUGUAAAAAUUUGUUAUGAGGGCACAAUUGUUAAAAUUUAGGUGCUGUGAGGGCAAGCAUUGUAGCAAUACUUAAUACCUUUACUGUGGUUGGAAGGAUGAGUCACACCGGUGCAGUGUUCAGUGUGUUGGGCCGAAUGUAGUGCUGUUGUAGUGUAUAUUGCAAGUGAUCCCAGUCUUAGUGGGGUUGGAAAAACAGAGAACUUAUUAUGUAGGUGUAACUGAAGGUUAAAUACAGUGUUUUGAAUGUUCUUUAUAUUUUCCAGCAAAAUAUGACUUUAUUGCUAAAAGUUGAGCUGGAAAAGCAGUGGCUGUAUCCUCUAUGCCUCUUCAUGGUUUAAUCCCUGGAACUUCUGCUGAAAUUUGCUAUUUCUUUAAAAAUAUAUAAAAAAUAUAAAAGGAACAAGUAAAAGGGAUUGCGGCUCAGGUGUGUGAAGGUGGAAAUCUUAGACAAUAGCUUAGUAAGUGGCUCUUCAAAUAAAAAAAUUGUGUGAAUUACAGUGUCUAUGCAGCAAACAAGCAGAAAGUGUUGACUCUUUAGCAGAAGAUAGUUGGCUUGUGUUACUCCACCAAUAACAAUAAAAAAGAAAAGAAAAAAAAAUAGCCUUUACUGUGGUAAAAAUUCUUCCAGAUCAAUAAAUCAGAUACUCAUUUCUUAAAACAGUGGAAUUAAAUAAGAAAAUAUAUGUAUACUGUAUAUAUAUAUUUUGUUUUACAUAGAAAUUUCACUAAAGAGCAAAAAGGCACUGUGUGUGCAUAAUACAGCAGCUUGAAAAUUGCAUGAUGGUAAACAACAGAAAUCAGUGAGAGGUGAGACAGUGAUAGGGAUCCGUACAGCCACACCCAUGGAAUUACAGGACUGUUAUUCAGAAACUGCUCCAGAAAGAACUUUAUUUAUACAAUUCGCAGAGAAUCAUUCCUUGUCAGUGUGAUCCAGAACUAGGUCUGACUUAAGGUUGUAAUUGUGACACUUGGUAACUGAGCCAAAGGUUCUUGUGUGAGAAAUUUCUAUGUCUACAAUUGCUGAGCCAUUUUUGAUUGUGUAAUAAACAAUGGCACAGAUCCACUGAACUUUAUCAUAAAUUAUUCUUGAUAAAUAGUUUUGUGUUAGGGGAGCUUGCCUUAGUGGUCCCUAGUUAUGUGGUCAGGUCAGGAAAUUGACCUCCUGACUGUUUGGUGUGGUUCUGGUGAAGAUUCCAGGUAGAAAACAUCGCUGCAGGAUUGUCAUGUGCCCACUUGUUUUAGGUUUUUAAGGCCCUUUGGUCAAUAAUUCAGAUUUUGCCAUAAGCUUUGAAUUGCCUUGAUAUCAUAAUUGGGCUUUAGACAUCACGAUUCUUGAGCGAUGGAAUAAUUUCUCAAACAGACUUUUAACCCCCUCCUUCCCUCAUGAUUCCAGCAGUUGAUGUUGGUUCAGCUGUUGUUUCCAACAGAGUAUAGAUAUCAAUAGAAAUUGAUUGAUUGUUCAGGAAUUUAGUAGCUGUCUGCAAGUAUUAUGAUUAGUUGCUUAUGUAUAAAGCAAUAAUUUUUUAGUGUUCUUGCCAAUCAAUGUAGCAAAUGCUGCUUCUGUUAUCACUGACUUGGAAAUCUUGUCAAGGGUAUUUAAAUUAAUGUCCAUUAAUUUAUUAGGCAUUCAACUGUACUUCAUACUUUUUCAUAAAAAAAUACUUAAGCAAUGUAUGCUGUCACAAGUCUUAUCAAUAUUUUUUUUUUUCUUUUUUGUAAGUACAAUAUUGUAAAUAUGUUACCCUAGUGAUUCUGUUCAAGAAAUUUAUGAAUUCUGACAUUAUGUAAAUUCAUAUUUCAACUCUGUGUAUUGUAGUUUGUAAUUUAUGAUUUGAGAGGCCAUGAUAUAAUGGCCCUGUGUAUACUAGCUUUUGUAAAAUAGACAUUUUUAGAAAUAUGGCAAUAUUACUAUGGGUGAAAA